AUGACUCCAGGAAUGCGCAUGUUGCCGCGCGAUGGCGCCUUGACUGAAACCUCACAGAAGUUGCUGGUCAUGACGUACAAUGUGCUUGCGCAGUGCUACGUGCGCUCUACUUUCUUCCCGUACUGCGAGUCCAGUGAGCUCCGCUGGAAGAACAGAUCCAAAAAGUUGGAAGCUGUAUUCGCCUCGAGUCUGCCCGUCUCGCCUGAUGUCAUCUGUCUGCAGGAAGUGGACAACUACAAGGAGUUUUGGGCUGGCAUGAUGAAAAAGCUCGGAUAUGAAGGUAUCUUCAUUAAGAAGACGAGCACCAAACCGGACGGUGUGGCUGUGUUUUGGAAUGAGAAGAUGCUGAAGAUGAAAGAGUCCGUGCAGGUUAGUCUGGACCUGCCCAACGGUGACGAGUCGGGUGAAGCUUCAACCAGAGGAAGCGUCGGUGCAAUUGUCCACUUUAAACACCUCGCGACGCAAUUAGAGUUUGUUGUCGCGACUACGCACUUGUUCUGGGACCCAAUGCAGGAAGACGUGAAGCUGCUGCAAUCACGCCGAAUGCUGCGUGCAAUCGACGAGUUUGCGAGCGCGCUGGAAGCAUCAACGCCAGUCGUCUUCUCCGGUGACUUCAACUCCUUACCAGACAGCAAAGUGUACAGCUUCAUCACGAGCAGAAACCACUUUAAAAGCGCCUACGCACAGUAUGAUGCGGAUGGUGAACCCAAGUUUACCAACGUCAACGGCGAGUCUAUAACGGAUGAUGGCACGAUGGUGCCGCGCUUCGUCGGUACACUGGACUACAUUUUCUACCGCUCUCCUAGGAUGCGGCCGGCUGCACUCAUGGAGCUCAUGUCGCUCGAGGACGCGAGCAAGGAGGUCGCACUGCCCAGUACCAUCUCUCCGUCGGACCACCUACCUCUCCUAUGCGAAUUCCACAUCCAGCCUGCUUUCUAGGUGGAAAUGGCUACGUGCCCUUCAAUGUAGCCAUGCCUUCUUUUCGGCCAAUAAGAACAUCCUACCUUCAAAAAUA